AAAAAAAAAAAAAGAGCCAUGCGCGCACAAUACAGAAAGAAACAGCACCAAGAACGCUAUGCGAAGUGGCCAGUGUCCUUGUUGCAUUAGUUGCUGUACUUGAAGAACUGGGAAGAUCAAUCGACCGCCGUCGGAGAAAUCAAGAAUAAAUGUGUCCUCUGAUCGUCGAACCGGAAGGGUGCCGGAGGGUCGGGGAAGGAAGAUGGUGGGCUCUAUAAAGCUCAACUCUUUGAAAUUUGAGAGUGCUAAUUCAUCGUAUACUGCUUGUGAUCUGUAUGUACAGUACCAUUAGAGAGCGUAAGAGGUUCUUCAGAGUCGAAAAGCUCUCGCUUUUUCAGGAUGUGAAUGCAGUCAUGUUCUACUGCAACUCUUCUUAUCCGUGUUGCUUUGUGACGAUGGAGUAAUUCAUCGGAGUUGACAGUUAUAUGACACUUUUGGAGAACCAAAUUUGCUUCCUCUGUCCUAUGAGGGGUUACAUUGAAUAAAUCAACAUGCCAGCCAGUGACAAACUUACCAGCGAAGGGCAUGGCAAGUCUUGUCAGACUGAUACAGAAGAUGGGUCUGAGCUAAUUGCUUCCCUCAAAUUUAAAAAUAAACAAAAAAUGAUAACGGGAGAAAAACACAAAGUGAGAUCAACACCUCAGCUGAAAGCAGAAGGCUCAUCUCUUUCGAGGAAGAUGGCUAAGAACCUGUCGAGCAAAAAGGGAAGACCGAAAAAGCCCAAGAAUUCUAAUAAUAGCAAUCCGUUUUCUGAGGGAAAUGCAAGUAAUGACGAUGUCAAUGUAAAGAAGCAUAGGAGAAGGAGGAAGAAGAGGAAACGACGGAAGGAUUUGGGGGAGUUGGAUGAGGCUUCGCGCCUGCAGAGGAGAACGAGGUACCUUUUGAUUCGAAUGAAGAUGGAGCAGAACCUUCUCGAUGCUUACUCCGGUGAAGGCUGGAAGGGACAGAGCCGGGAGAAGAUUAAGCCAGUGAAGGAGCUGCUGAGGGCCAAGAAGCAGAUAUUGAAAUGUAAACUCGGAAUAAGAGAUGCCAUUGAACAAUUGGAUACCCUCAGUUCUGUGGGCCGUAUCGAAGAGUCAGUCAUUGCUCCUGAUGGAUCCAUUUACCAUGAGCAUAUAUUCUGUGCUAAGUGCAUGCAAGGGGAAGCUGCUCCAGAUAAUGAUAUAAUACUCUGUGACGGGCCGUGCAAUCGCGGUUUUCAUCAAAAAUGUCUCGUCCCUCCUUUGGACUCUGAGAACAUUCCUCCUGAAGAUCAGGGCUGGUUUUGCAAAAUCUGCAAUUUGAAGAUGGAAAUAUUGGAUUCUGUGAAUGCUCAUCUGGGAACCUGUUUCUCCUCGGGCAGCAGUUGGCAGGAAAUAUUCAAGGAAGAAGCAGCACUGUCAGAUGCUGGGAUUGAGACCUUUGAUCAAGACGACGAGUGGCCCUCAGAUGAUUCCAAAGAUGAUGAUUACAGGGCAGGAACCAGCAAUUCAUCUGGUGACACAAGUACUUCAACGAGCUUGAGUUGGUCUCUUGAUCAUGAGGUUCUCUCAGAAUCUCAGAAAUCGGAGCAAGAAGGGACGAGCUACCCUUAUAGCAGCGAUGAAUUUACUGAUGCAGAUAUUAUAUUUGGGCGCAGGCAACGGAGUGCUGUUGACUAUAAACAACUUUACAAUGAAAUGUUUGGAAAGGAUGACGCCGUUGCUGAACAGGUCAGCGAGGAUGAGGACUGGGGUCCUACCAAAAGGAGACGGAGAGAGAAGGAAUCAGACGCCGCCAACACCCUCAUGACUCUGCACGAGGGAGAAACAGCUCUUCCCAGAAUUGAAGCCGGCGAAGCAGACAAGGAAGUUCCUCCUGAGGCAACACAAAGUAAAAGGACGAUUUUCAGAAUUCCCCUUGAAGCAGUGGAGAGACUUCGCCAAGUAUUUGCUGAGAAUGAACUUCCCUCCAGAUCUGUCAGGGAAAACCUCUCGAAAGAGUUGGGUCUCCAUCCUGAAAAGGUCAGCAAGUGGUUCAAGAAUGCACGAUAUAUGGCUCUUAAAACUAGAAAGGCUGAGAGGACGGUUCAUAACUCUGAUUCUCCCAAAGCAUGUGAAGAGCCUGCAAUGGAGACAACGGGAGAAAAGGUUGCUGAUCCAGUUCAGUUGAAGGAUGCCUUAAUAGGGACUGGGACAUAUUCCACCGACAUUCCUGUGGCUGCCCUGGAAAAGGAGAUAGAAUUGCCAUCUAUGGUGAAGACGAAGAAGCAUAAGAAAGGCUCAUUCAGCUCACCUGCUAAUAACAACAGCAAUGAGGUUGAUGCACAGUUAGAUGAGAACUUGCGCUUGAAGAAGCAUAUGAAGAUUAUCAAGUCCAAACUGAAGAAGGAUAAGAUUCCGGUCGAGUCUGUAUCUAUUGACGGGUUACAAAAACCCGAGGCUGAAUUAGAGAGACUCUGCAGACUGAAGAACAGGCUCGAGAACCUGAAGCAGAGACUGCUUAGAUACCGACCGAGCAAAUCUAAGGCUCGUGGCAGACCCAAGUUGCAGAAGGAACCUUGUGUAAUGUAUGUUCCUAUAGCAGUGGUGAGGGAGAAGAAGGCUUGAUCUCGUGCAGCCUCCUUGUUUGUCUGUAUAGAAACAAUUUUGGAAUGGGAUAUAAUAAUGAUCAUGAUGAAUUGUUGUUAGGUUCAAUUAAUGGGCGAUUUCCCAAUGAAAAAAUUGAACUUUGCGGUUA